UAGGGACAGAGCUAGGACUACGACCGAGGCAAUGGAAUAGUGACGUCACUUCCUGUUUUGUGGCAUUGCUGGACAUCCCUCUUGGAUUGGGUCAAAUGGUAGUAGACGGCAGUGGAAAGUCAAGGCCAGAUGCUAAACGUCUCGCUGAUAGAAUAAAGUCGCAAGCUUAGGCACUCCCAUUCAUAAGCCGCUAGCAAAAAAAAGAGUUGAGGUUCCACCAAGAUUUGCGAUCUCCUAAGGUGCCCACUUCACUCUGUCAGGAGAAAAACUUCAGCGACGGCCUAGAUUGUGGAAAAAGAGUUGAAGACUGGUGAACAAGAAAACCCAUACAUUCAGGACUGCUGACUUAGCAAAAAUUGCUCACACGUGAUCGUGUCCUUCACCCCCUGACGCUCAAUAGUCACCAGACUCUUUUCCUCGAGAGAGGGCUGGGUCUGGGCACGAGACUAAGUAGCCCGCCGCGUGGGAGGCUGGAUGAUGCAAUAGUAACCGAGGCGGAGCCGAGGUUGCGUUAUUCAGCCGACCACAGGGCAAGGCCCGAAGGCACGAGAAUUUUAUCGUCUUAGUUUUAAGAUUGAUACUUCCUGUGACACGCAGAAAAAAGAAGAAUCUGUCAGCAGUUUGGGCACAGCAAGUGAGAAGACACUGAACCUGUGAUUGAAUAGGCUUCUAAGAAGGCUAUGGUGUGAGGUGCACCGGGAACUUUGGUGGCAAUGGUUGCAAUUUCACGAUAAACUUCACUUUUGGACGACUGUAGAUAGUUUCCUUGAACUCCCAGUGUAUGCAUUGUACUGCUAUAUUAUAAUAAUUAUUGUGCUGCAAACAGAAGUGUCUUAAUAAGCCACAGGUAUCUUAAUAUAUACCACUAAGAGACCUGUGGGUAGGUGUCUUACCCCAACAUGAACCUCAUUAGCUAUUUUAAAAGCAUUCUUAACAUACCAUUUUCUUAUAGCUAGCUCUAGGGAGAAAGAUGGCCGAGUUUCUUCGUAACCACCCAGAGCUGCAGCCGUUCGUGCUCACAAACGUACGGCUCACUGGUACCACAAUCAGCGCAGGAGCCUACGGCAGCGUGGAGGAGGUGGCCGUGCCUGGAGCCGCCUGCGCCGCCAAAAAGAUUCACGACGUCUUCCUGAACUCGGCUCUGGUCCCGUCGUUCGUGGGGGAAUGCCAGCUGAUGAGCACCCUCCGCCACCCGAACAUCGUCCAGUUUCUUGGCUUGUGUUUCCUGCCCGGCUCGCGACUGCCGGCCCUCGUCAUGGAGCGACUGCUGACGAGUCUUCAUGACUUGCUGGACCCAGAAACCGACACCCCUCCCCCGCCCGACGCACCAAAGCCCUUCUUCCCGCUGGGCUUAAAGUGCUCGAUCCUGCACGACGUGGCUAGCGGGCUGACAUACCUCCACGAGCGAUCGCCGCCCGUCAUCCACCGCGACUUGUCGGCCAGAAACGUUCUCCUGAACUCGGGGAUGGUGGCCAAGAUAGCGGAUCUGGGCGUGGCUCGUAUCGUGCCUCGUAUGGGAGUUGCAGCCACCAUGACAAAGGGACCUGGGGCCAUAAUAUACAUGCCUCCAGAGGCCAUGGAAAGCAAACUGGAGGAGGAAAAUGAGGAAGAGAAAGACAAAAAUUCAAAGUACGAUGCAAGCAUCGACAUCUUCUCUUUUGGUGUCGUGGCCAUUUUCACACUCUGCCAAACCUUCCCCUGCGACUUGCUAGCUCCCAACUAUCGUGGCGAACAACAGCAUAAAGCUAGAACUGAGCUAGAGCGACGAGAGAGAUACAUGAAGAUGAUCUACAUGCAGCUACGCAAGAAGCAUCCACUCCUCCAGAUGAUCGAAGGGUGUCUGGACUUCCCUGAAGACCGGCCGAGCAUUCGUGAUGUGCUGCGUCUGUUGGAGGAGGCCAGAGCUGAAGUGAGAGACGAGCAGACAGACAUGAACAAACUGGAGCUUUUGCAAGCUCUUCAGACCCAGCCC